CAAGCGUUGGGACUCUUGGAAUCGGCCGAGCCAUCGAUCUCAUGGACUCGACGUGGCUCUUCCAGGAGCUUGAUGCGCCGCUGAGCUUCCUGGAUUUGCCGUGCCUUUGCUCGGCGAGAUCUUGCAGCCAGGACUUGAGAUCAACUGCGCGGGAGAGGCUGGCGCAGCUCCUGCUGGCGGCCUUCGAGUUGGGAAGCAGCGCGCAGAGCCGCAGGCGCUGGCUGAGUGUGCUGUACCGUGUGGCGCCCUUGCGCCUGGCAGCGCGGAGGGCGGCAGAGGCGCUGCUGGACAGCAAGGAGCACCGCGUGGUGCGCACCGAAGCCUGCAGACUCUUAGAGGCCGCAGCCUGUCCGGAGCCCGCGGCCCUGGACGCGCUCGCUACGGCCGCGGCGGCGGAGGGCGAUCGCUUCGUGCGCCGCGCCCUGGUGGACGCCGCGCGUCGCCACAAGGCCCACGGGAAGGCCAUGGAAGCGCUGGUCCUGCUGAGCGAGGCUAGCGUGCGAGUGAGCGAAGCCUUCCCUUCGCCCUUGUGGCUGUGAAGGAUGG